UCUGCUACAUGCCUAUCUGCUGCACCAUACUAAGAAACAAAGUCAUGCACUUGAAUCGUCGUUCCGAAGUUUGACUGUGAGAACUUCUUUCGGAGCUUUUCUUUCUACUACUCGUCUGAUUGGAUACAUGGACGGAUUAAGGGACUUCCACUAUGUGGAAUUCCGUGUUUCGAAUGCGCUACAGACAUCGUUCUGGUAUUGCUGCUGUCUGGGCUUCAACCGUUUUGCUAUUCAAAAAGAUGAGAAAACGACAGCAAUUGCGAUACGGAAUGGAAAAGCUAUAUUCGUCAUCAAGUCUAUUCAUGACGACAUGAAUAAAGAAAAUUCUGAUCAGAUACGUGCUCAUGGUGAUGCUAUUAAAGACAUCGCCUUUCGAGUAGAUGAUAUUGAUGCGGUUGCCGAGAGAUUAAUCAGUAAUGGAGUCGAGAUCUUGCUUCCGAAGACCAUGAUUCAAGACGAAGACGGUAGGGUAAUGCUACUGAAGCUGCAAGCUAAGGACAGCGACAUCACGCAUACUCUUGUUAACGACAAAGAUUAUCAUGGCCUGUUCCUGCCUGGUUUCCAGCCAGUAGACGACUAUGCUCUUUGCAGCUCACUGGAACCUAUACCAAUGGUCCUUGUGGAUCACGUAGUACAAAAUUAUCCAGUCGGCACCAUUGAGGAUGCUGCUGAAUGGUACAAGCAAAGCUUAGCUCUGCAUCGGUUUUGGUCAAUUGACGAUAGAAUCACCACUUCUGAAUACUCGGCUAUGAAGGCUUGGCUGAUCACUAAUGAUGACCAAAAAGUGCAGAUGACUCUAGCGGAGGCAGUACCUAGAAGAAACGGAACGAGUCAGAUAGAGGAAUUCGUAAAUUAUAAUGGUGGACCUGGCAUCCAGCACGUUGCUCUUCUUGUGGAUGAUAUCGUAAGUACUGUAAUAAAAAUGCAGGAAAGAUCAGUGGAAUUCCUCCAUGUCCCUCCCUCAUAUUACGUGUUGCUUGAGGAACGGCUGAAGAAUUCGAAGGUUCAUCUCAAGGAAGAUAUAGCUAAAUUACGCGAACUGUGCAUAUUAAUGGACUUUGACGACAAUGGCUACCUUCUGCAAUUGUUCACAAAGCCUGUUCAGGAUCGACCUACCUUAUUCAUUGAAAUCAUACAAAGGCGAAAUUUCAACGGUUUCGGAGCGGGUAACUUCAAGGCCUUAUUCGAUGCCGUGGAGCGGGAACAGAGACUGAGGGGCACUCUGUGUGAAGAGACAUAGAACAGG